AGGAAGGUCUACGACAUCAGCCGCUUCCGCAAGCGGCACCCGGGGGGCUCCCGGGUCAUUGGCAGCUACGCGGGCCAGGACGCCACGGAUCCUUUCAUAGCGUUUCACAUUGAUAAAACUCAAGUAAAGAAGUACAUGAAACAACUUAUGAUUGGGGAACUGGCACCGGAUCAGCCCAGCUUUGAGCCCAGCAAAAAUAAAUUAUUAGUAGAGGACUUCCGAGAGCUCCGGUCCACUGUUGAGAAGAUGGGACUCCUGAAACCAAACCCACUCUACUUCUUUGUGAUUCUUCUCCACAUCUUACUGCUAGAUGCUGCAGGGUGGUUUGUCCUGUGGUACUUUGGGGCAUCUGUGACUACUUUCAUUAUUGCUACAACUCUGCUGCUGAUUGCUCAGUCCCAAGCAGGUUGGCUACAGCACGACUUGGGGCACCUUUCAGUCUUCAGCAAUACAAAAUUCAACCACAUUGUUCAUGAGUUUGUGAUGUGCCAUCUAAAGGGUCUUUCAGCCAACUGGUGGUGUUUUCACCAUUCUCAGCACCAUGCAAAACCCAACUGCUUCCUAAAGGACCCAGAUCUUGAAAUGCAUCCCACAAUUUUUUCUUUAGGAAAACCUCUUUCUGAAGAGCUAGGCAGGCAGAAGAAAAAGUACAUGCCUUACAAUCAUCAGCACAAGUACUUCUUCUUCACAAUGCCCCUGGCUGUAGUUCCAAUAUUUCAGAUAUACUCAAUUUAUUUCAUAUUCCAACGCAAACUAUGGAGGGAGUUGGCAUGGAGUGCUACAUAUUUCAUCCGAUUUUUUAUUACCUUUGUGCCCUUACUGGGAAUGAAAGUGGUUUUGGGACAACUUUUUCUGCUCAAUAUACUAGAGAGUAUCGUGUUUACAUGGAUAUCUCAACUGAACCAUAUUCCUAUGCACAUUGAUUAUGAUGGAAACAUGGACUGGUUCACUACACAGCUCCUGGCAACCUGUAAUGUGAACCAAUCAUUCUUCAAUGACUGGGUAACAGGGCAUCUGAAUUUUCAGAUUGAGCAUCACCUUUUCCCUACGAUGCCUCGACACAACUUCUGGAAGGUGGCCCCUUUGGUGAAGUCUUUGUGUGCCAAGCAUGGUAUUGAAUAUCAGUCAAAGCCCCUGUUUUCUGGCUUUGCAGAUAUUAUAUAUUCUUUGAAGGAUUCAGGAGAGAUCUGGCUCGAGGCAUUUAAUCAUGCCUAA